AGUUCGGAGAUUCAGGAAGAAGAUCGGGAUAUGGAGGAACCGGAGCUGGGCGUGGGACCCGGAGUGAGUUUCGGGGUGCGGAUAAGAGCGCCCAUCCGAGAUCCGGACUGUAUAUCCGAGGAGGAGGAGCAGCAGCCGUACCCCGCCCUCUCACCGGUGGCCUUCUUCUGCCUAAAGCAAACCACGCGGCCUCGCAACUGGUGUCUGCGCGCCGUAUGUAACCCAUGGUUCGAGCACGUGUCCAUGGUGGUGAUCCUCCUCAACUGCGUCACUCUGGGGAUGUUCCAGCCCUGUGAAGAUGUCUCUUGUCAGUCCGAAUGGUGCCGAAUACUGCAGGUGUUGGACGACUGCAUCUUUGCGUUCUUUGCCGUGGAGAUGGUCAUCAAGAUGGUCGCCCUGGGAAUCUUCGGGCCCAACUGUUAUCUCGGUGAUAAGUGGAACCAGCUGGACUUUGUCAUCGUCAUGGCAGGGGUGAUGGAGUACUCCUUGGACGGACAUAACGCCAGUCUGUCUGCCAUCAGGACGGUGCGGGUGCUGCGACCACUGCGCGCCAUCAACAGAGUGCCAAGUAUGCGUAUCCUGGUGACUCUGCUGCUGGACACUCUGCCCAUGUUGGGAAACGUGCUCCUCUUGUGCUUCUUUGUGUUUUUCAUCUUUGGGAUCGUCGGGGUGCAGCUGUGGGCGGGGCUACUGAGGAACCGCUGCUUCUUGAGAGAGGACAUUCGAGCGAUGUACAACCUGUCCAUCAGUCAAUACUACAUGGACGAGGACGGCGAGGACAGCCCCUUCAUCUGCUCUGCUCCUCGUGAGAAUGGCAUGCUCCGCUGUACCGCCGUGCCCCGGUCCGAGGAGGGAGGGGUGGAGUGCACGCUACCUGCCUCCGGAGUGGGCGCGGCCAGUGCCAACGACUGUGUGAACUGGAACCAGUACUAUAACGAGUGCCGCCCGGGCGAGCUCAACCCCCACAAGGGAGCCGUCAAUUUCGACAACAUUGGCUACGCCUGGAUAGCCAUAUUCCAGGUCAUUACUCUGGAAGGAUGGGUAGAUAUCAUGUACUAUGUCAUGGACGCUCACUCCUUCUACAAUUUUGUAUAUUUUAUACUUCUUAUAAUCGUGGGUUCUUUCUUCAUGAUUAACUUGUGCCUGGUGGUCAUUGCCACCCAGUUCUCGGAGACGAAGCAGCGUGAGAAUGCUUUGAUGAGGGAGCAGCGCGCCCGCUACAUGUCCAACGACUCCACGCUGGCGAGUUACAGCGAGCCGGGCUCCUGUUACGAGGAGAUGCUACGCUACAUUAGCCACCUUUACCGAAAGCUAACGCGCAGACUGCAGAGAAUAUACUCGGGCUGGCACAGUAAAAGACGUAAAAAAGUCAACCCGAACGGCAGCGGCGGGGGGAACGGCGGAGGUAACGGACACAGCUCCAGUCGUGGUGCGGGGAGCUCAGGUCCCAACAACAGUGUGUGGCUCCGCCCCAUCCACAGCCUCCUGCAGACGCACCAGCACCAACACUGUCGCCUCAGCAACGGAGGACAGCACACACUCAAGGUGGACUACGGCGAGCACCCAGAGGCCCCCCGCUGCCUGGAGACGGGAGAGGAGCUGGAGAUGAAGACCCUCCCCGUGCGCAGAGGGAACGCCAACGGUGGCCGCAGUUCCCCCUCCGUGACGCCGGGCAUGGGGGUGCUGUUGGGACGUCUGAACGGGGGAAUGAACUACCCCACCAUCCUGCCCUCGUUCGUGUGCAGCUACCGGAGCAAGAGCCCGUCCCCCCACUCCCGAAGCCCGGAGCAGAGGCACUCCCACCCACCGGGAUCUGAGCAUGCCGAGACCCUCAACAAACUCUACACACUCAUGGGACAACACAGUCGUCAGAGGCUCUUGUACCAGCUGGCCGGCCUGGUGCCCAGCCCUCUGCUGCUGGAGCUGCUCAGCUGUCCUCAGUGCGCAAGGAGCCUGGACACACUCGAGCUGGAGGGAGACCCAGAUGCUCUGCACGACUACCCCCAGGGGGGAGACCUGCGGGGCGUCCGUGGUCGAAUACGGCGGCGGGGGGUGAGCGAGUAUAAAAAUGGAGUGCUCCGGGCCUGGAGGAACUUCAGGGAAAAACUGAAAAGGAUCGUGGAGAGUAAAUACUUCAACCGAGGGAUCAUGAUUGCCAUCCUGGUCAAUACGCUCAGCAUGGGCAUCGAGUAUCACGAACAGCCCGAGGAGCUGACGGACAUCCUGGAGAUCAGUAACAUCGUGUUCACCAGUAUGUUUGUCCUGGAGAUGGGCUUCAUGCUGCUCGCCUUCGGGCUUUUCGGCUACAUCAAGAAUCCAUACAACAUCUUCGACAGCAUCAUCGUCAUCAUCAGUGUGUGGGAGAUCAUCGGUCAAUCAGACGGCGGGCUCUCCGUGCUCAGGACCUUCAGACUUCUCCGAGUGUUGAAGCUGGUUCGGUUCCUUCCCGCUCUGAGGAGACAGCUGGUCGUCCUCAUGAAGACCAUGGACAACGUGGCCACUUUCUGCAUGCUCCUCAUGCUCUUCAUCUUCACAUUCAGUAUUCUGGGGAUGCAUCUGUUUGGCUGCAAAUUCAGCCUGAGGACAGACAACGGGGACACUAUACCUGACCGCAAGAACUUCGACUCUCUGCUCUGGGCCAUAGUCACAGUGUUUCAGAUCCUGACCCAAGAGGACUGGAACGUGGUCCUGUACAACGGCAUGGCCUCCACCUCCCCGUGGGCAGCGCUCUAUUUCGUGGCUCUUAUGACAUUCGGCAAUUACGUGCUCUUCAAUUUACUGGUGGCCAUUUUGGUGGAGGGUUUCCAGGCCGAGGGAGAUGCAAAUCGCUCCGAAUCCGACGACGAGGGGAAAUCCGACAACUUUUCCGAGGAUGAAAAAGUGGAGCAGCUUCGAGACACAGAGCUGAAGAUGUACUCCCUCAUGAUGACCGCCAACGGGCACGUGGACCGCGCCUCCAUGGCCCCGCCCAUCAUCAUGCACACCGCGGCCACGCCCAUGCCCACGCCCAAGAGCUCGCUGGGUCCCGACUCCAUCCUGGGCGACGAGCAGCUGUUCAGAGACGCCAUCUCUCUGUCGGAAAGUGGGAGCGUCAGCGCCGAGUCUCGGGGCGCGGGGCCGUCCAUCGACCCCAUCGCCUACGACCAACGCUCUUUGAGCAUCUCCAGUCCCGGGCGUCGCUCUCCAGUUUUACCGCGCGGCACAGGGAGCUCGUGGGGCAGCCGACGCUCCAGCUGGAACAGCCUGUCCAGGGCCCCGAGCCUCAAGAGACGGGACACCAGCGGAGAGAGGGAGAGUCUGCUGUCUGGAGAUGGAGAGGGAGCGGGGGACGAGGAGAACGGAGAGGAGGAGGAGAAAGAGGACGCAGCCAACAACAGACUACGGCCCGCGUCUCUGGAGAUCCUGCAGGCGUCUACACUGUGCCCCUCCAUCGUGACCGAGUACGGGGACUGCAACGGUCGGACCAUCUACGAACCGCCCAAUAUAAGCGCCGACCUCAAAGACGACCCCAACGACGACGAGCUGGACGAUGACAGUUCGUUUUGCUUCUUUGUGAAGAGGGAGCUGCAAAACCUGAAGCCGCGCUGGUGCAAAGAGCAUGAGGACUGGAACUUGUACUUGUUUUCACCUGAGAACCGGUUUCGGACGUGGUGCCAGGCCGUCAUCUCCCACAAACUCUUCGACCACAUCGUUCUGGUUUUCAUCUUCCUCAACUGCAUCACCAUCGCCCUGGAGCGGCCAGACAUACAGAAAGAGAGUCCGGAGCGUUUGUUCCUGAGUGUGUCUAAUUAUGUGUUCACUGUGAUCUUUCUGGCAGAGAUGACCAUUAAGGUGGUGGCUCUGGGCUUCUGCUUCGGCCCGCAGACCUACCUCCAGUCCAGUUGGAAUGUUCUGGAUGGUCUGCUGGUGUUUGUGUCUCUGGUGGACAUCCUGGUGACUCUGGCCAACCCCGGGGGAAACAGGAUCCUGGGGAUUCUGAGGGUCCUGCGUCUGCUCCGAACACUGCGCCCGCUCAGGGUGAUCAGCCGCGCCCCGGGCCUGAAGCUGGUGGUAGAAACGCUCAUCACCUCCCUGAGACCCAUCGGCAACAUCGUCCUCAUCUGCUGCGCGUUCUUCAUUAUCUUUGGCAUUCUGGGAGUGCAGCUCUUCAAAGGCAAAUUCUACCACUGUGAAGGCCUGGACACCAAAAACAUCACAAAUAAGUCCGACUGUGAGGAGGCCAAGUACCGCUGGAUACGCCGAAAAUACAAUUUUGACAACCUCAUUCAGGCGUUGAUGUCUUUGUUCGUGCUGUCCUGUAAAGACGGUUGGGUCAAUAUCAUGUACGACGGACUGGACGCAGUAGGAGUCGACCAACAGCCGGUGCGGAACCACAACCCCUGGAUGCUGCUCUACUUCAUCUCCUUCCUCCUCAUCGUCAGCUUCUUCGUCCUCAACAUGUUCGUGGGCGUGGUGGUGGAGAACUUCCACAAGUGCCGUCAGGACCAGGAGGAGGAGGAGGCCCGUUUGAGGGAGGAGAAGAGGCAGAAGAUGUUGGAGAAAAGGCGUAGGAGUAAGGAGAAUGGAGGGGCUGAGGCUAAGCAGAGACCGUACUACGCAGACUACUCCCCCGUCCGCCUCUCCAUCCACACCCUGUGCACCAGCCACUACCUGGACCUCUUCAUCACCUUCAUCAUCUGCAUUAACGUCUUCACCAUGAGCAUCGAGCACUACAACCAGCCACAGUAUUUGGAGGAAGUUCUGAAGUAUUGCAACUAUGUGUUCACGUGCAUCUUCGUCGUUGAGGCCCUGCUUAAACUUGUGGCUUUUGGUAUACAGCGUUUUUUUAAAGACAGGUGGAAUCAGUUGGACAUUGCCAUCGUGGCUUUGUCCAUCAUGGGCAUCACCCUGGAGGAGCUGAAAAUGAACGCAGCUCUGCCCAUAAACCCGACCAUCAUCAGGAUCAUGAGAGUGCUCCGGAUCGCUCGAGUGCUGAAGCUCCUAAAAAUGGCUAAAGGCAUGAGAUCCCUGUUGGACACCGUCAUGCAGGCGCUCCCACAGGUGGGGAAUCUUGGUCUUCUCUUCAUGCUGCUGUUCUUCAUCUACGCUGCACUGGGAGUGGAGCUGUUUGGCAAACUGGAGUGCAGCGAGCGUAACCCGUGCGAGGGCUUGAGCCGGCACGCCACCUUCGAGAACUUCGGGAUGGCCUUUCUCACGCUGUUCCGGGUGUCCACGGGAGACAACUGGAACGGGAUUAUGAAAGACACGCUGCGAGAAUGUCUCCCUGAAGAGUUGAACUGCCUGCCCUACCUGCCCCUCGUCUCUCCCAUUUACUUCGUGACGUUUGUGCUCAUGGCUCAGUUUGUCCUCGUCAACGUGGUCGUGGCUGUUUUAAUGAAGCACUUAGAGGAAAGCAACAAGGAGGCGAAGGAGGACGCAGAGAUAGAUGCGGAGAUUGAGCUGGAGAUGGCGCUAGAGAACCAGCGACGGGCGAGCACCGGGUCCAAUAACAGCUCAGUGGGAGGGACCUACAUCGGGCCGUGUCCAAAUUCUCCAGAAGAGGAGGACGAGGUGCACUACAAGGAGCAGGACCCCUCCUCCACAAAGAUGUCCGUGUCCAGGAUGCACUCUUUGCCCAACGACAGCUACAUGUUCAGACCUGUGCGUCCCGCCAGCGCCCCCUACCCUCUGGAGGAGGUGGAGCAGAGUCCUCAGCACGCGGGCUCGGUGACCUCGGUCCACUCCCAGCCGUGUGAGAGGCGCAGUCUGCUCCAAGUCCCCGACGUGUCCCCCCUCCACCAGCCGAGCCCCCCCCUGGCCCCGCCCCGCAUCGCCCCGCCUAACCCGAGCCCCUCCCCCCGAGCUCUGUGCAGACAGGUUGCCGUCAAAGUGGAUUCGGUGGAGUUCCAUAGUUCGGAGCACCAGGAGAGGCCCAAUCCCCCACGUGUUCCUCCUCUGCCCCCUCAGCCGAGCACUCCCUCUCCCCUCCCCCCCCCUCCUCCUUCCUCACCCUCCGCUCUGCCCCCGCCCUCUCCCUCCUCUCUGGCGCUCCCUCCCUCCUCUCCGUCUCCCGUCUGCUCUCCUGUCCCCGCUCUUCUGUCCUCUCCCUCGUCCCUCCCCCCUCCUCCCUGCUCCCCCGCCCGGCUCCUCCCUCCUCCGCCCUCUCCCCGCCUGCCCCUGCGGCCGCCCAGCCUGCGUCGGCCCAGGCCCGUGGUGGACACGCGGGACCCAGCGGACGAGGAGGUGUGCCACAUCACGAGUACAGCCUGCCGUCAGUGGAGAGAGGAGGCGGGGCCUGACCCUACAGGGAGGACAUGUAGGAGCCACUCACUGUCUCCUUAUGCCCCGCCCUUCUGUCACGAGUCUGACCCCGCCCCAAUCGCCCCUGUCCCUUCCCUCCCCCCCACCCAGGCGUCACGGAGCACGCUCAAUCUGCUCGCUGACACUAAGGAGCGCGACCUAAAGAAGGGCUUUAGCACCGAAAACCAGUGCUUCCUGGGUAAAACGCUGUCGGCCGGUUUCCCUGAUGACCAGCGGCGACACUCCAUCGAGGUGUGCCUCCCUCAGCUGAUCUUUACCAGUGAUGAGGCUCCAGAGCAGAGGCAGCGGCCGGAGAAGGGCCCCGUGCGAGUGCAGUCUGUGGGAGGGGGGCACAGGAAGAAGAAGCUCAGUCCUCCCUGUAUCUCCAUCCACCCGCCUCCGGAGAGGGAGCCUGCUCCUUCAGCCUCUCCUCCCAAACUGUCUGACUGCAGCAUGCUGCUGCGGAGGAGAACGCCCUCAUACGACCUGAGCCCUCACACUCAGACACAGGAGGCCUGUACAGACGCCCAGCCCCCCCUGUCCCCCCUCCACAGACCUCUACAAGUGCAUUCUCCGAGCCACACUCUGGCGCCCUCUGCAGGCAACACUCCGACACACAGCCCCUCCCUGCCCCCUCCUCAUGGGAUCACAGCGACACACAUCCCCAUCAGCCCAAACAUAUUUAUCCAGCCCCGGGCACCUCUGGGUGCUAUGCCCUGUGGCCAGAGCCCAUCGCCCCGACGCUCUCCUCACCCGGGGGACUACAGCUCUCUGCCGCAGUUCAGCUUCGACCAGCCGCAGACGCGCUACAUGAGCGGUCUGCAGCCUGGUCUGUCAGACGGCGACAGUCCCACCUGCUCCUCUCCCUUUGACAACAGACUGAGGAGCAGCCCAGGGUUCAGUGCUAAGAACCGCAGGACUGCCCAGUGACCGGGGGGCCUUCAGGAAGUCCACCGACCUCGGACAUGAUGGUGGAGCGGCUGGGACUUUUGUUUUAACAGUUACAAUUAGGACUUUUUAUAUGUGGAGAAGAGAAGGAUUUUUGAAGAACUACAAAACCACUAAUGCUGUACUGGUGACAGCAUCCACUGUAUACGGUGCAUUUUGGAGUAACGCUAAUAAGUUUGCACCAGAACUGAAGCCACCUAACUCCGUAGCCAAAGUUUUCAUUUGUAUUGUUUUUUUUUUAAUCUUGACACACUGUCUCUACCCACGCGAGCCAAUCAGGAAGCAGCGUCUGGCUGAUAAUCGAUGACAUUUAAUGAGCGGCGUGGGGGAAAUGUGGGAUAUGCAACUUGAGGUGUCCUACAGGUGCUCUGCCGCCCUGGGCUCCUGGAUCACAUUGAUCAGAGCAGGAGUGUUUGGACAACACACAGGGAGCAGGACACAGCUGUAGACUUUGUUUAUCUGGGGAUCUGUGCAGUGUAAAUAAGAAGAAAAUACUGUAUUUGGUGAGAUUAAAAUAGCUCUAUCCAUAUGCACAUAUUUUUAUAGAAAUCUAACAUGUUUUUGCACACAAAUUUGAAUUUCAAGUUGCUUGUUUAUCCUCUGUUGUCCUUACGUGAAUGUAUGUUUCAUUUCAAAAAAAGCGAGAGAAGGGAGUCCAAGUCUCUCAGACAGGAGAGCUGAGGUUUAAGAGAAGGCUUUUAUUUUUCUAUAUUUGAAAACCACAGGACAUGCAGGGGUCUUUUCUGUAGCUGUACUGUCCCAUUUCUGUGUAUCCGAGCUCUGGAUCAGACGGGAGGUGCGGCUCAGUGACGCUAAAGAUUUCCCAUAUUCAAGUUAAUCUAUGUUCAUAUUAAUACAGAGUAAUUCUAUGAUAUUGUGUCUAGUCACAGCCUUUUUAGCUCAAUAUUGUUUGAGUCUCCAGACCUCAGCGGGUUGGACAGAUUGAAGUCCUUUGCUGUAAUAAAGCAUUGUAGGCCCAUCGUGCAUUGGUUGUGUUCAUGUCACUGAGCCUCUCUCUGAAGCUGCUGAAGUCGGAUCAUCUUUGACACCACUAAGUGUUUUUGUACAUCUUAAGACAACCAAACUAUUGAAUAUGUGUAGCCAGAGUGCAAUAAUAAUACUAUACUUGUGGAAACCUAGUUAGCUGGAUGCUACAUUUAGCUGUGAGCGGUAGACUACUGUGUAUGAUAUAGACCUUACUGCAGACUCACUGCAGGUAUUUGAGCUGUGCGUGGCUGCAGAGGCAUGACUGUGGCGAGGACACUCUGCUGGUACAUCUCUGCUCACUCUGUCAUCCUGCUGUUCCUUUAGCAUGCAUGAACACUGCAGUUUCCUACAUAUCCAUCCUCAUAUGUAUGAAUGACAAGAAUGUCUAAUAAGCCAUACCUUUAUCCGAGCACAGCACAAGUGUACAGUCCUGUAGUGCAUGAGGUCCAGAGUCCCUUUGCAAAGGCCGCUGCUGGGACAGCGUCUGAACUCACCUACACAGGUGCUCAGCCCUCUGAGCACCACCAAAGUGCUUUGACAAUACAACCACAUCACCUGUAGUGCAGGGACGUGUGCAAGGAACAACUGACAUCCCAAUAUUUAUCAAACUAUAUAUGAUAUAUAUUUAUAUACAAGCAUAGGAAGAGUUUAAUUUAUUUAUGCUGUUAUGUGCGGCGGCGCAGUAAACCAGAGGCGUGUGAGGUGCAGGAGACACUUUUAUUGGCUGUUUUCCAUGAGCUUUAUCACGUUCAUGAGCUUCCUCUCAGAGCAGCAGCCAAACAACAGAAUCACACGAUCAGACUGAACUGUGUCAUUCAACACGAUCACGCCUCAACUGUGUCAUUUAGACGAACUUUAUAGAUGUGUAAGAGACCAGGGCAGACCACAAAGGGCUCGUCAUGAAGCGCCAUGAAAGCUCUGCUCCCCCUCCCCUGGGCACACACACUCGCACACACACCCACACAUACACAGACACACACAGACGCACACACUCUGUCCACGGCGUGCGCUUUAACUGCUGUCUCGUCUUCACUUCCCACUCAGACAGUCCAACGUUUGAACACUUGAGUCGAUCAGGAGAGCGUCUGUCAUAUCCACACAUCCACAGCUCGGUCGAGUGAUUGCAUAAUUGUUCUCACUGAUCUCUGGAUCUCUCCAUCAUGUUUUUUGAGGAAACUCUUUUGACUAUAAAUUGCAUGUUGUAUUAAAAAAAAAAAAACUUUUGGGAAGGAUCUGGAUGUUUUGGAGAUUUUGAUACUUGCAUUUUCAGAGGUCCCCGUUUAUAGACCGACUACCUACUUGCACUGGGCUUGAAGAAUUUGUAACCGAUUCCAGUUUCCCACUUGUUUAACGUCCUUUGCAAUACCGGGUGGUCAUUCGGUUUACCGGGGAUGAGUUUGUUUUUUAGUGAGAAAUUUGUCAGGUCUAUUUUCUUGGGAACUGACACUAUUUAACUCUUUUUGAUCCAAGCGCUCUAAACUUGUCAAUGGUGAUGCUAAUUAACUGCUGUAUAUUUGAAGUAGGAGUAGCCUAUACGCCCUUUUUUUAACAAGACUGAAACAUUAUAAAAGUAUCGGUGGCAGGAUUCUUCAAACUGUCGCACAAAUCGAUAAAAUUAGAUGAUUUUAAUUUGAAUAUCUGAUCAUUAUUUGGCCAGGCCCCCCGACCUCGGACCCCCCCCGAGCCUCGUGUGUGUGUGUGCGCUGGGAGGACUGUGUCUGCAAUAAGACGGGGGGAGGGGGGCCACACACACAAACACAAACACACACAAACACACACCAAAACACACACAAACUUGGGACUUCCGCAUUACGUAUUGUUGCUAACUAUUGUGUAAUGAUCAACUGUUGUCCUGAAGGAUGUUUCCCUGUCAAAUAAAAAAAAA